CGAUGGAUGGAUAGCGCUCGUUGGAUAAUCUAACAAAUUGUUCGUGAGAGUGUGGAUCACCUGCUCGGUUCCACACAUAACCGGUUUCCCCGACGCUCGUUAUCCGCGGUUUCUGCGCGAGGGGUCAGAAACAAAAAGAGGCAAAGAUGCCUGCAAUCGAUGUGGCGAUGGAGAGGAGUUUGCGGAGGGGGUUUUUGGAUUUGCUGGUGGGCAGCCUGCGGCCGGCCUUCGGCCGCAGGGACAUCACAGGGGAAAUCUCGGACGUGAAGACGGCCUUCUCCAGUUGGGACAACUGCAUACAGGUCAACUAUUGCAAGUGGCCCGUCAUCGCGCUUAUAAUCAUCGGUGGCCUCAUAAUCAUCUCGGUGGUCUGGUGCAUCAUUCGGUGUGCCUGCUGCGGACUGUCUUGUUGUUGCUCCUGCUUUUCAUGCCUCAAGUGCUGCGGCGACUGCUGCGGUUGCUGCGACCCGCCGCGGGGCAGUCGGCGGAAGUAUCUCGACGAGCCAUACAUUCCGCCUCACCAUGGAUACAAAUCACAGGAACCGAUGCACGCCGGAUUUCCCGGCGCGACAAUACCAACGGUUAACAAAGCGGCAGACUUCCCUCAGUACGCCGAGUUUGAUGUGGGUGGUAAGAAGAACGAAGAUGCUUUGCCUCAGAUGCCUACCUGGGAGAACGCCGAGAGCAAGAAAGUCCUUGUGGAGGAGGAGGCCGUGGAAAUGAACGCGCUGAAGAAACCUGAGGCUGGCGAACAGGCCGGAAGCCGCGGUGCCGGUGCCGGUGCUACGGGGGGAGCUGUUGCAGGAGCAACUUCUCCUACUGGCUCGCGAUCACCGGUCAAUCGGAGCCCCUAUGGGCCGCCGGGCCCCGGCUCUGGAUCCAACGGCUACUUCGGCGUAACCCAGAGCGAUCCAUAUGCGCCGGGUGCGCCAGCGUAUAACCAGCCGGGUGCGGCUUACGGCGAGGCGGAGCAAGGGUACGGUCGACGGUCGCCGCACGCUUACCAUAAUGGUGGCUACGAUGAUGGAUACAACAACGGUGGCUACGGUCAGGCACACGACCAUGCUGAUGGCUAUGGCGCGGCGCAUCAGCAACCCUACGAUGCCUACGACCACUACAGCUCCCCGGCCAACCAAGGGUACGGCAUCGCGCGGCACCAGACCCCCACGCGCGGCAUGGACUCCGGCCCCUACGGUCCCGACGCCCGGCGAUCUCCGGUCCCACAAGGCGCGCUCGCCGGCUACGGCGUGGAAGCAAGACGUUCUCCGGCCCCGCAAGGGUCAUACGGUUCCGCGUACGGCGCAGAGGCCCGUCGAUCCCCCGCGCCGCAAGGUGGUGAUUACGCUGCCGCCAGGCGAUCCCCCGCACCGCAGGGCGGUGACUACGCUGCUGCCAGGCGAUCGCCCGCGCCGCAAGCCGGCGGCUACGGCAGCAACAGCGGUGCCGGCAGGUACGGAGCCGCCCGCGAAUCCCCGCAGCGGCAGUACUCAUCCCAUAACGACCCGGUCAGCAGCCCCACCGGCCCCGCCGGCCUCACCCCGCUGAGGAACGACGCCGGGUUUGACUUCACCUCGGGGUACAGCCGUCCGCCUGCGGCGGCGGCGGCGCCGAAUAGCCCGGGGGGAUACCGCCAGCCGAGUCCGGCGCUUGAGGGCCGGGGCUCGCAGGGUGCCGGUGCAGGGGGUUAUCCGGGGUAUAAGCCCUACCAGCCUCCGGCAUGAGAUGCGGCUUUGGCGGAUGCGGUGGGAUCUAAUGACUAUUGGGUUCUGCUCUUGCGUUCUUUUUGCCCAUCUUUUCCCAAUUCUCUCCCGUUUUCGGGCCUUCCAUAUACAUGGGGAUUUUGUGUUUUUUUUUUCCUUCUUGAUGACCUUGGA